UCAACGGACUUAGAAAACCCCAAUCCCCAAAUUUGGUUUUAGGGCUUAUAGGGUUUUGGUUGUGCUGUGCAUUCGAGUGAGGAAUAUAAGUGAAAUCCAAAGAGGGCCAUGAAAAGAGGAAGGAAAAAUCUGAAGAGGGCAGUGAAGGAAGAGACUUUAACUCUUCAACAAGGUCAGAGCAUCAUGCAAGUUGUGUCCCUUCGAGGUUCCAAUCUCAUUGAAGUACUAGAUGCAAAAGGCGAGAAAUCACUGGCAUUGUUUCCAGCUAAAUUCCAGAAAAGCAUGUGGAUAAAGCGAGGGAACUUUGUUGUGGUUGAUGAAAGUGGAAGGGAAGAGGCUGUUGAAUCUGGGAGAAAAGUUGGAUGUAUGGUUUCUCAAGUUCUUUUCUAUGAACAAGUCCGUGCGCUAAAAAACUCUCCAGAAUGGCCAGAAAUUUUCAAAACCCCAGUCCUAGAUAAUCCUAGUGGAAUUUCACAGGGACACACUUCUUUGCAGGGAGAGAAUGAACUCGACUCAAGUGAUGAUGAUGAACUUCCCCCAAUAGAAGCCAAUAUGAACAGAAUAAAGCCCUUAGAAUUGCAGUCUGAUACAGAGUCUAAUUCAGAUUCUUGAACCAUGAUGUCGACAAACAGGACCUUUGUGACAGAAUAAAGCCCUGAGAAUUGCAGUCUGAUAGAGAGUCUAAUUCAGAUUCAGAUUCUUGAACCAUGACGUCGACAAACAGGACCUUUGUGACAGAAUAAAGCCCUUAGAAUUGCAGUCUGAUAGAGAGUCAGAUUCAGAUUCUUGAACCAUGACGUCGACAAACAGGUCACAUCUAUGGGUAAGGAUGUGUGUCCGCGAUCUCAGAAUUCAAGCUCAAUUUUCUGUGUUAUAUUGUUUUUGUACCGUAAUUUUUGGGUCUAGACGAAUCCGGAAUUUGUUUUCAAGUUUAUAAUGAGUUCAAAACAAAGUGGUCAAUUACAGAAAAUUUUACUGAGAUGUUUUCUGCAAAUGUUGUUUUUGUAUAAUGAGUUGAAAUCCAAUUAUUUACAUUUUAAGCUGAAGUGUGAAAACAAAUCUUUUCUGGAAUUUUCAAGUUUUUAUUUUUUUAUUAUUAUUUUUUUCCAUUUGGAUGGCAAAAAUAUGGAGGUGAUGAAUAAAUUCUCAUAUUUAGUUCUAAGAAUCUAAGAUACCUACUAAUGACAUUUCUAGUCUCAAUUCAUUCAAGUGCUUGGACAGCAAGUUUGUCCUAGAAGCCAAUGUUUGUUUCAGUUUUAGCAUAAUUAUGGUUGGUGAUUAAUUCAGGUAAAAGGCUACUCCAUUUACCAUUCCAAUUUCUUUAUUUUUAUUUUUAUUUUUAUUGGAUUUUUCCAAUCCUUUAUCUAAAUGGAAUUACUGAAAGUUGUAUAUAACUAUAUAAUGAAAAAAAAAAAAAAAAAAAAAAAAAAAAAAAAAAAAGAA